AUCGGACCGAAACUUGUAUUUUUUACAUGUGUACACAUCCAAAGAAAAUUCGAUUCCAUGAUUCCACAGUGGUGAUCAUCAUAUAGUUUCAGUUCAGUUCCAUAGAUACAUGAACUGUUCGUUGUUAAGAAUGAGUUAAUUAAUUUAUGAUUAAUUAAUUUAUGAGAAAAUUCUACUAAUCGGCAUAAUAAUUACGAAAACUUAUAUUCUAUUUUAGUUUUAAUAAAAACUCAAUUUUUGACAAAUAUUAUAAUUAAAUUAGUGAUUGAAUUGUUUGAAAAUGUCGAUAAAAAUGUCCUUAUCCGGAGAAAAAAAUCAAAACAAUUCAUUGGUAAAACGUGUCAAUAAACUUCUUGAAACAAGACCUGAAAAUGAUAAGGAAACUCUUGAAGCUUUGACAGAGUUAUCUACCUUUUUCACAGAAAAUACCUCAAACACUAGAAGAGAUUUACGGAGCAAAAUAGAAAAAAGAAGUUUAGCAAUCAAUGAUGAGUUUUUAUCAGCAUUCAGAGAAGUUAAAUCAACAUUAGAUGCUAUUCAUGAAGAUGUUUUAUCUAUGAACAAUUCUAUACAAACAAUGACUAAUAAUUUGCAAGCUACCAAAACACAAACAUUAACUCUUUUAGAUAGAACCACUAAGUUACAAAAUGAAAGUAAAAAAUUAUCAAUGCAGCAUGAAAUAGCAAAAGCUUUCAUAUCAACAUUUGAAUUAACAAAACAUGAAAUAGGAAUAAUACAUGGACAAACUAAAGAAGAAUCAAUAACAGAAGAGUUUUUCACUGUAAUAAAUCGUCUGCAAACAAUUCACAGCAGUUGUCGAAUAUUAAUGCAGUCAGGAUAUCAAACUUUAGGAUUGGACGUAAUGCAAAGAAUGACUUUGCUCCAAGAAUCUGCUCUUGAAAGAUUAUACAGGUGGACUCAGAACCAAUGUAGACACAUAGAGAAUGAACAUAUAGCUCCAUUACUAAUUAAAGCAAUGAGCAAACUGCAAGAUAGACCAGUUCUUUUUAAAUAUAUAAUUGAUGAAUACUGUACAGCAAGACGAGCGAUUGUUGUUGGUGCUUUUAUUGAUGCCUUGACAAUUGGUAAUACCACAGAAAGUACUCCUAAUCCGAUUGAAUUACGAGCUGAUGAUCCUACUCGUUAUAUUGGUGAUAUGUUAGCUUGGUUACAUCAAGUAAUACCUGUUGAAAAAGAAAAUCUUACAAUUCUGUUAAAAUCGUGUGAUAAAGCAAGUGUAGCUGAUUUAGUAAAACAUGCUCUUGGAAAUAUCACAGAAGGUCUUUGUCAUCCAUUGAAAUCUCGAAUAGAACAUAUACUUGAUGUUGAAGCUCCUGCUACUGUUUUGUAUUCAAUAAUGUCACUGAUAAGAUAUUAUCUAGAAAUAUUUAAAGAUAUUGUUCCCGACAGUGUUUUAGUCAAAGACUUGAAUGAACUAUUAGAGUUAAAUGAGAAGAGUUUCAACGCGAGAUUACAAAAGGAAACAAAAUUAACUCUAGGAGAAAGACCAGAACCUCCUGGACAAGAUUUAGUGCCUGCUGCUUCAGUAUCACGACUACUUGCUCUUCUAAAUGAUGUUUUGUCAGUUGCUUUAAUUGUCAGUGGAGAAGAACGUGAAAAAGACAUCAAUCGAAUUGUAUCAUGUAUCAUUGAUCCAUUACUUCAAGAAAUUGAUAAAACUGCUGCGAGAUUACCAAUUGUAGACAUGGCUGUGUAUGUUUUAAAUUGUCUUCAUCAAAUUCAUUCCACUUUGUCACUUUACGAAUACAUGGAUCAGAGACUGGAACGGUUGCAAGCUCAGUCCGAUGCACAAAUAGAUACUUUAACCUCUGAAUUAGCUAGUUCCCUUGUUGCCAAUUUAAAUCUAGGUCCGAUUUAUACGAUAUUACAGGGUAAAGUACAUGGCCCUUUAUCUGCUAUUCCCGGUAUGGACCCCUUGAGUGUCAGAGAAUUCACUAAUAAAUUAGAAUCUUUUUUAAUUACCUUCGAUUCUUUUCUUCUGCCACAAAUUGGUUUACUUCAAAACACUAAUCAUCGAUCUAUGACGUUAAAACGAUCUUUCCAAGUAAUUGGUGCAAUUUAUAAACAGCUUUAUGAUGCAUGUCAUGAUCCAGAAAAUUUAUAUGAAAACUUGGAUAAGUUGUUCAUUAGAACACCAAAUGAACUUAUAGAAAAAUUGAUAUCGUCAGUAUAAAAAUGAUUAUAAUUAAAGAGAAUACAAAAUUUAUUAAUUAGUUAUAGAACAAUUUUAUG